GAAAUUGGGAAAGAUGGUCUUCCUAAACAAAAACAGAGAUGCCGGCAUCCAUUUGACAAGUCAAGAUCGUGCUACGUUCUUGUUCUCCCAAUAGAACAGCAACUAAAAUUUUUUUUGGAGAGCGGCGGAAUGAAAUUAAGAAAAGAAACUACUGGAUAUGACGGAACAACUCUGGGGGAUGUCCAAAGUGGAAAGUGCUACAGAGAAAAAGUUCGUGGUGAUGGUUCCGAAAACCAGGUGAUCUUCACAGCGCAACUAAAUGUUGAUGGAGCGCAGAGUUUUAAAAAAAGUAAAUUUGGAAUUUGGCCAUUUAUGGGUGUCAUAAAUGAAAUUCCUUACGGGGCAAGACGAGCACACAUGAUUUUAAUGGCUCUUUGGUUCGGAAACAAGAAGCCCCCUAGAGGGCCGUUUCUUGACACAUCAAUAGCCGAACUAAAGCACCUCGGAUCCUCCGGGAUGAAAUUUGGAGAGCUGACCGUGUUUCUGAGACCUUUGGUGUUAACAACUGAUUCAAUGGCCCGGACUGUUUUCCUAGACGGUACCAUAUGUCGCGGUGAAUUCGGGUGCGAUUUCUGUUUGCACGCUGGUGAAACAACGAAGAUAGGAAGAGGAUCUGCAAGAGUGUAUCCAGAACCUACAACAAAUCCUACAUUUCCAUUAAGGACAAUAGAGCAGCACGAAAAAGACUUGAUGAUUGCGCUAGAAAUGGGUAAGCCUGUACAUGGAAUCAAAGGUCCUUCUCCUUUCUUGGCUCUCACGUUUUUCGACUAUGUGGCCGCACAAGUACCAGACUACUUACAUUCGGUUUGUCAAGGAGCAAUUAAAUGUCUGUUGGAAUUUUGGACAGAUUCGAAAUAUCACACAGAACUAUGGCACUUAAAUAAACACAAACUUGCCAUUAUUGAUGCUCGCUUAAGUCAAAUGAGGCCUCCAUAUGAAGUCACACGCACAUCAGCUUUAGUAUCAAACCUUGGCGAUUGGAAAGCUUCUGAGUAUAGAGCAUUUGCUCUUUAUUAUUUUUCGGCUCUAGAAGAUCUGUUACCAAAACAGUUCUAUGAUCACUUCUUAUGCCUCGUUUAUGGCCUUCAAGUGCUGCUGCAAGAAGAAGUAGCAGUUGAGCGUGUUAAGGAGGUCGAAUUUAUUUUUCAAUACUUUGUCCGCGAAGCAGAAGUACUCUAUGGUAGAAAACGUAUUCGCUAUAAUUUCCACUUACUUACUCAUUUGGUUCAAAGUGCACUUAAUUGGGGCCUUCCAUGGAGUAAUUCUACAUUCAUUCCCGAGUGGUUUAACGGGGAAUUGAUUUCAUUAAAGAAUGGGACCCAAUGUGUUGCAGAGCAAAUGGUCAAAUCCUUUCUCUUGAAAAAAGCGGUACGAUCAGAUGCAAUCUCCCUCAUUACAAAUUUUAACUUGCCAAUCACAGUAAGUGCAUUGUUGAGGAAGUUGCUGAAUAUUUCACAAAAGGAAGCCUUCUAUUCCCAUAUCAAUCAAGAUUUUGGUAGCAGUUACGGAACUAUUAAACUUCUUGGAUCUGCACUGAAAAAAAAACCAACCCUUUUUAUGAAAUCGCGAUUUUGAAUUAUCUUGCUUCGUCAGAUUUAGACGGUUCUCUAAAAAAAUCAACAGAAAGUUUUGCAUACCACUACUCUUACAAAAGGGUGAGCAUUCCACAAAAAGGUAUAUUUACAACGACUAGUUAUACUCGAUCCCCCAAACGGACCAAUUUCUGUGGUUACAUGAAAGACGAUUCUUUUUUUAUGAUAGAAAGCAUAAUAUCAUUUCAAUCAUUUCCUCUAGAAGGAAAUAUUCUCCUAGUUGGGCGAGUCAUGGGAACCAUUUCUGCUGUGAAAUAUUCGCCUCCCAUCGAUAAUAUUUCAUUUUUAAAUUUCCCCGGUCAAAGUAGAAAAUUGAUUGGGCUUUCCACAGAAUUAACUGCUCGCCGUCCAAGUGACAUAAUGAAAAAGUGCGUUAUAGGAUUUCAUAAUGAACUUACGGAAA